ACAAAAAGUUAUGCACCGCAGUAAAAAAAGUUGCAAUCAAAAUUAAAUACAAAAGUAUCCUUUCAAAAACCGAUGUGAUGAGAAUGCUGACCCCAAGCAGCCAGAUUGUUUCGAUCCGAAAUCUAUAACGACGACAAUUACCGCUAGCCAGCAGGAGCAGCAGCAGCAGUUGAAUUCAAUCCCAGCGCCAUGGAUCCCAACUCCAGCCCAUGGUCGUAUGCCUAUAAUCGGAUUGUGCCCGCCAGUGCCGGGAGCUCUGGGGGCACCGCCGACGACUUCCAGCACCCGCAUUUGGCCACCAUUACGGCAGCGAGUAUCGCCAGUUUUAAUGCAGCAGCGGCUAGCGGUGGCAGCUUCGUACCACCGUCGCCCAUCGGCAGCUAUAAUCCAGUAUUUCAGCAGAUAUACCAUCAUGCGGCGGCAGCCAGUGUCCAGCCGAAGCCCGCCCACUAUGCCUCGUCGGCGGUGAGCACGCCGCACCGCCAGCUCCAGCUGCCCAGUUCGCUGGACAAGCAGCUCAGCACGUUCCAGAAUCAGGCGGCCGUAUCGGCGGCCGCAGCUGCCGUUGCCAAUAAUGUGGCCUCGAAUUAUUAUGGCGAGAAUUCGUCGUCGAGCGGUGCCUCGCCCUCGCCCACAACAGUGGCUUUAACGUCCACAUCGCUCACCUGGAACACGCCGAACAUGAUAUCCAAUACCUUCCUGGCGAUGCAGCAGCAGCAGGCCCAACAGCAGCAGCAACAGGCGCAACAGCAGCAGCAGCAGGCGCAACAACAGCAGCAGCAGGCCCAGCAGCAACUCAAUCUGGUGGCCGACAAAGUGCUGAUUAAGCAGGAAAAGCAUAUUAAAUCCUACAACGAUUCGAUUCAUCUGAUUCACCUGCAACACCAACACCAACAACAACAGCAGCAGCAGCAACAACAACAGUUGCAACAAUUGCAACAGGAGGUCGGAGGAGGAGAGACGGAAUUGGAAACGGAUACCUAUUACACGAUCGAUGGGAGGAAGGUGAAGGUGACCCGGAAAGAUGGCCAGUCAUUUAGGGCCACCAUUGUAGAGCAGCCAAGCGACAGUCCCGGGCCCCAAGUCGCCGUCCCACCCACUGGCGGUGGAGGAGCCUAUCCGGUGCAGUACGACAGUCCGGCAUUGAGCUCGGCGGAUGGCUCGCCAAUCACGAAUUUACACGCCGUGGACGUGGUCAGCACUGGGCCCCAGGCUCAGGUCAUCGUCUACAAGACGAUGGCAUCUCCUCCGGUCCAAAGGCGAUCCGAAACAGGCGCUGGCUCGUCUGCCGCUCCGCCCACCACGGUGGCCUAUUCAUCUGUGAUACAAAGCACCCUCCAGCAGCAGCACCAUCCGCAGCAGCAGAAUCUCUGCUGGACGAAGCUGGAGGAGGGAGCAAGCCAGGACAGAGGAGGAGGAGAGGACAUUAAGAAUGUCCUUCAGCUGCAGGUGAAGCAGGAACAGCGCCAGCUGGACUAUGCCAGCGAGCCAUCCGCUGCGGUGGAGAGUGGCGGAGAGAAUCUGGUAUUCAACCUGCCACCCGGGCUAGAGAUCAAGCAGACCUUCUAUACCACCGGCGUGGUGGAUGGGGAGCAGCUGCAGCUGCAGGAGCAGGCGGGGCGGCGCCAGCAUGUGGUGGCCAACAUGAUAAUGUCGCCAGUGUCGUCGGCAGCUUCGUCGGCGGCAGCGGCAGCAGCAGCAGCAGCGGCGGCAGCUGCAGCGGCGGCAACGGCAACGGCGGGCAACAUAGCGUCACAGAUUCAAGUAGUGCCGAAGGAGGAGGUGAAGCCGCCGCCAAAGCCUGCGAAGACACCACGCAAGCGGCAGCCGAAGAAGACGCUCAUACCGACCAGCAGCGACUAUGGCAGCGUACGGAGUCCCCAGGAGCCGCAACAUCACCAGCUGCAGCAGCAACAGCAACAGCAGCAGCAGCACAAUCAGCAGCAGCAGCAGCAACAGAAUACGUACUACGACUUCAACAGCAAGUGGAACACGCCCCUCAAGACGGAAAACAAUGCGGCGUCUGUGUCGCCAGCGGCCACCAUCAACAUACCCACAUAUCCGCAGCAGAGCCAGCAGCAGCAGCAGCAACAGCACCAGCAACAACAGCAGCAGCAACAGGCGGCGGCACAGCAGCAACACCUGCCGCAACCGGCCCAUCUGCAGUCGUCCCAGGCCCAGUCGCAUCUGACCCAGUUGGCGCAAUACUAUCCAGCCUUCCCCCAGCCCAUCGCUUCCCAGUACACGGCCUGCAUGCAGCAGCAGCAGCAGCAGGCGCAACAGCAACAGGCGCAACAACAGCAGCAGGCGCAGCAGCAAGCCGCCUAUACGCAACAGCAGCACCAGCAGGCCUACACGCAGCAGCAGCAGGCGGCUCAACAGCAGGCCCAGCAACAGCGCCAGGAGAAGACCGAGCAGCAGGAGGAGGAGGCGUCAGCUGCGGCGGCGGCAGCAGCUGCUGCGGCGGCCAGUAACAAGGUGAUCGUCCCGAAUAUCGAGGAGGAGCUGGACUUUCUGGCCGAUACGAGCAGCACUCCGAAGCAGGGCUACGCCAAUUCCAUCUCCAGCAAUGGUCGGGGCACCAACUCCUCGACCAACAACACCAACUUCGGCAUCCGCAAUCCCAACAAGACGCCAUCCCCGGAGCCGCCCUGUCCCCAGAACGGACAUGGUCACGGUACAGUGACCGCGCCAUCAACGCCUGCCGCCAGUGCUCCAACGCCCGCUUACAGUCCCGCUGCCCCGAAGCCCGUCAGUGUGGGCACACAGAUCGGGGAGAAGAAGACGCAGUUCAUGGACAGCUAUCUGAAGUUUCUGCAGGGGGAGCGGGACGAUGAUCCGCCGCCAGUUGUGAAGCCAUCCAGAAAGUUGAACUACCCGAGGGCGCCGUACAAGCGGAAAGGGGGUAAGGGAGCUGGGAGCGGUGGCGACGAACCGGCCACAUCGCAGGCCCCCCAGUCGGCGGGGGAUGGGGGCCAGGCGGUCGAUGGGCUGACAGGACUUGUGGGCGAUGAUGGGCAUCGCAUCAAAAUACUCUCACAGACGCAGAUCCUGCCGAAGAAGCGUCCGCAUGCGCAUAUGGUGGCCGCUGCAGCUGCCGCGGAAUCAGCACCCUCCUCGUCAUCUGUCAUCCAACAGCCAGGGGAUCAGGCUGCCUUCCGGCCGUACGCCCAGCAGCAGCAGCAGCAACAACAACAGCAGCAGCAGCAGCAACAACAACAACAGCAGUCGAUGAGCGGCCAGCACUUUGUCCAACAACAUUGCGCUCAAUUGGCAGCCGGUCAAGACCCGUUGAGUGUGCCGCCGCGUCGGGAGCAAUGCUCCCGCAAGGCCAAGCAGAGCAGCAUGCACGCCAUGCUCCUUAAUUCCAGUGCCGCCGCAGUUGGCGAUGGUAACAACGUUAAUGAGCAGGACGAGUUCACCGACUCGGACACGGAUCCAGUAUGGACUCCGCAAGAGGAAGACAGCGAUGAUGCCGGCAAGGGUUAUGGGAAGCGCAAGUUGGCUCGCCGCUCGAAGGGCACACCCCGCAAGAACACCUACGAACAUCCCCAACAAAUGCAACAACAACAACAGCCGCAGCAACACCAUCAAUUGCAACAGAUGCAGCAGGUCGCCCAGCAGCAGCAUCAUCAGCAACAGCAGCAGCAGCAGGUGCAACAGCUUGCCGGUGGCGGCGACUCUGGCUACAAUCCGCAGCAGAACCUGGCCGGAGUGGGGGAUGUGGGCUAUGCCAGUGCAUCGUCGGGAGCCUCAGCUAACUCGGAGAACUUUAAAACUGGGGACUUUAUAGUUUUGCGUUCGGAUCUCGUUAAUGAUUGGCCGACCAUCUGGCAAGUGGACUCGAAGUGUAUUUUGCAGAAAUACGAGCCAUUCCGACAAAACGGCAAGACCUUCUAUCACAACAUGUCGAAGUACGCAUCUUGGAAUCUCGAAACUAAGAAACUCUACCUCAAAGCGCCGGUGCGCAUGCAGUUACAUUCCCACACCGAAACAAUUGUGGAGUUCAUGCGUUCGGAGCUGCUCGCCGAUGACACCGAGCAGUUCAUCGAGAAGAUCAUGGAAGACUAUCUCUCCUACAGGGACAACUUUGAGAUAUAUAUUCAGACCAUGAUCUCGCAAGCCCUCGAUCCCAGUUUCUUUUCAGAAAUUACGCGCGAAAAGGACGACUACUUUCUGGGUAGCGUUCGGGUCGUGGACACCAUUAUGGAAAACUGUAAGCGUAAGCUGCUGGCCAUCACUCCUUGGACCCGGAGCACCAUCUCCUCCAUUGAGACCUGGCCCAAGUGCCAUGUAUUUUCCGAGUGGGAGCAGAACAAUCUCACCCAAAAGAACUGUGCCGGUUGCCAUCAGCCGGGCAUUGCAGUGCGAUUUUUACUGUUUGGAGAACCGUAUAAUCCCAACACAAUGCAGACCAUACCGGUCGAUCCGCGAAUUGCCUACGAAAAGGACAUUGUCUUGUGCCGUAUUUGUGCUGCACGAGCCGAUCUCUUCCACAAGAUUGCCCACGAGAAGUACAAUCUCUUCAUCAACUGUUCCCAGAGGGUGACCGAGCAACAGCAACAAUUCCCCGGAAAGACCUCCACGGAGAUUCUCAACGAUCUGCUGGCCGAACAUAACUGGAUAGAUGAGCUCUUCCGCAAUAUGCGCAAUUGUUGGGCCGAGGUGGAGAGUUUGGAGCGCCAGAAGCGCUUCCGCGAGGUUAUGCAGUAAAGGUCUCCUUCCUUCGUCAUGAGUUUUUCAUCCACAUUGACACUUCAUUUAUAAUCCAAGUGCUGGACAUUAGGAAACAGAACGCCAAGCCCACGUAUCGCUGCAAUAAACUCAAUGAGUUGUUAUUUUAUUAAAAAUCAGAUGACACGCAAAUGCUUAGUUUUUAGAGAAAGACACAUAUUGUACUAAUUAGGCCUUAAGAUAAAGAUAAAGUCUAUUCUUGGACUGUGCAUAAUGCAUGCCAUGUAAAUAGCUAUACGUUUAGCUAUAGCCCCUCAUUAUAUAUCAAAUAUGAAAUUUGAAGUACUACCCAUAGCUCAUUUUUAGUUUUAUGAGAAUUGAAAUCCAUUUAAUGUUGAUAUUGCUUGCAUUCUUACAUUCUGUUUUCAAAAGAUUAAAUUAUGAAUUGUUUUACGAAGUCUGUUGGAAGAUGGAGAAUCUGCCCAUUUAAUGAACCCGCAAACAAUCAAAUUGUGGUUGACAAACCCGUAGAGUAUAAAUCCUAACUACGUAAUUAUCAAUAACUUUCAAAAUAUUGUAAAUAUUUAGUUUUUACUUUUGAGUUACGCAGACUUAAUUGCUGUAUUCUUAGUUGGCAUAUUUAAAGUAUACGUUAUGCGGAUUUUAACUUAAGUUGUGAUUGAUUAGAAUCUUAGAGUUCCCUGAAUAAAUAUGAAAAAAAAGAUCAUUAAUAAGGCCUAACUAAUAAUAUUAAA